CUGAUUCAACGCUCUAACCAGUUCUAAUUGACUCUCAGGAUACUCUGCAAGACCUUUAUUGGGUGCUUUCAGUAAUAACUUAAUUAAGUAAUAGCAAACUUACCAUUCCAAGUUUGUUUCUGUUUGACAGCCCUGAAUUUUUGACCUCUACUGAAGAUGAACAGCAAUAUAAAAGACGAUCAAAACAGAUACACCAACUCCAGCAAAAAUAGCAAUAUUUUAAAUCAAAAGUUCAUAUUGAAUCCAACUACAAAUAUGCUCCACGACUCCUCUCUCUCUACUAGUGUUAACAAUACAAAUAUCAAUGGAAAUUUUAUAACCACCUCCACAAAUUCUAAGCUAACUCCUUCAAUCCAUUCUCCUAUUGCUUUAUCCGGAAUAACCUAUAAUAAUCAAACCGACAAUUUAAUAGACUUGAAUGAUGAUUCUUCAGAUUCAGAUUCAAAUUCUGAAUCUGGAUCUGAACCUGAAUCUGACUCCAAUUUACAUUCUAAUUCAAUUUUACACCAAAAUACUAAUAAUAUAGAUAAAGAGAAAGAGAAAGAUAAAAGUUUAAAACAAAUAUCCGAAAUACUUUCUCAAAAUUUAAAUGAAAAAUCAAUUUCAAACACCCAAACAAUACCAAACCUCAAUAUAACCAUAAAUUCACAAAUCACAAAUGAUCUGCAGCCCUCUAUCGUCAUAAAUGAUCCUGAAAAGGCCAAUUUAAUAGAUAUUCAAAAUGACCAUAAUUUAUCACAUUUCCAACAACAUAAUAAAAUUGAUCUUCAUAACGAUGAUACUUUUGAUUCUCAUGAUAACGAAAUCUCAAAUAUCUUAAAUAGCCAAAACGUUUCCUCAAAUUUAUCUGGCUUAUUUCCUUCCUCCCCUUCCUCCCCUUCACCCUCACCUUCUCAUCAAAGAUCAAAAUCUGAAUAUAAAUUAUCAAACGAUUUAUCCAAUUUAUCCAUCUCCGAAAACCCAGCCAAUAAUGACCUUUUAAAUCUUAAUGACAAAAAUAAAAACCAUAAAAGAAGUGUAUCUGAGAGCCCUUAUAUACUGUUGAACCCACCAAUAAAUGAAAAUGAUAACAAUAAUAAUAAUAAUAAUAAUGAAAAUAAUGAUACAAUCGAAAACAAAACUGUUCCUCCCACCACAAAAUUAGAACUAAAAAUUCAAGAAAAGAAAUUGAAAGCCGAAAAAGAGAAAGAAAAUGAAUUACAUAAAAGUAUUCAAAAACAAGACCCUAAUAACCUACCCUUUGAUUUUCAAAGAUUUCUAACCUAUUUGAAAAACAAAAAAGCUGAUCCAAUUGUUCGUUACUUGAAAUCGUUUUUGCUAGCCUUCUCAAAAAGAACUUGGUCUGUUAAUGAACAAGUCAAAUUAAUUUCAGAUUUUAAAAACUUUAUCUAUUCAAAAAUGCUAGCAUGUCACCCAUUUAAUAAAAUGAAUGAAACCGAAUAUAUCAACUGUCAAGAAGGCAUGGAAAAAUUAAUUAUGAAUAGAUUAUACGAUCAAGUUUUUUCUCCUGCUAUUCAGGUCUCAUCUUUAGAUCAAUCCCAUUCUGAAGAUAUUAUCAAAGAUGUCAUGUUAAAUAAACAAAUCAGAAAAUUCAACUGGAUAACUCCUAAACAUUUAGAUUUGGAUACAAAAUUAAUUAAAAAGGGUUCUGAAUUUAUCAAAUUAGCUCAAAACCAGUUAACCAAAAUGAAUAGUUAUCGUUCUCCUAGAGAUAAAAUCAUUUGCAUACUCAAUUGUUGUAAAGUUAUAUUUGGUCUAUUAAAACAGCUUGAAAAGGAAACCAAUGCUGAUUCUUUCAUACCCUUACUAAUUUAUAUUAUUCUAAGUAAUUCGGUCAACAAGGAAAAAAAGGAUUUAAAAUUAACCUCGAAUCUUUAUUAUAUAGAAAGAUUUAGAAAUAAAGAUUGGUUAACAGGAGAAGUGAGUUAUUAUCUAUCCUCUUUUUGGGUAGUCAUUGGUUUUCUUGAAAAACUAAACAAAAACUCAUUGACCAUCACUGAUGAAGAAUGGGAACAACGAUUAAAUGAACAUAAAGCAAAAAUUGAAAAGCAAAAAGCGAAAAUUUUAUCCCCUAUUCCAAAACAUUCAAAUAAUAAUAAUUUGAUAAAUGAACCCCAAACUUCACAAGCUUCAACCAGCACUUCUUUGUUAGACAGAACUCAGGAUAUGACUCCCUCAGAGGUCAUUACAAAUUCUGCUACGUUUAUCGCUAAAUCAUUUUCUUCCUUUUUCCAAACUCCACCACCUGUUAAAGAGCAGGAAACUAAUGAACAGAUAAAGCAACAACCAAAAAAAGUCAAUGAGGAAGAAGAAAUCGCUAAACAAAAAUCUAAGGCAGAAUACUUGGCAAAAUCAUUAUAUGACAAAGAAUUAGAAGAGAAUAUAAAUGCUUUAGUUACAAUGUUUCCUCAACUUGAUCGUUCCAUUGUCAAAGACUUGGUUGUAAUGAAUGAAGGGAGAAUUGGGAAAUGUGUUGAUUUGUGUUUGGAAUUGGUGAGCACUGAAUAAUGUGAUUAAAUAGAGUUAGAUGUGUUUAGUUUUUUUUAUUUUUUUUUUUUCAUUUAUUUAACUAUUUAUUUAUCAAUAUAUGGUGAUCUUCUAAUCUUGAAAUAAACCAAGGACUUAUAAAAUUUCAUUCAAAAAUUUUAAGCUCGACUUCUGCUAUCAUACAGAGAUGGUCACUUGGAUACUGCCCUUCUCUUGGUUGUCCACUUGGUUCUUUACCCAUUUCACUAAACUCAGGCAUUCUUAGUAAAUUAACAAUUUUCAUUUCAUUUUCAUUUUCAAAAUCCUUUAAUGUAUCAACAUUU